AUGGUCCGAGAAACCGGCCCCUACAAUUACAAUGACACCAACCGCGCCUUUCUCCAGGCCUUCAUGGGCCGCUCGACCAUGACCUUCGAGGAAGCCAAACCCGUAUUAGCUGCGAUCUUCUCAGCGCAUGAGAAACAACCCGUCUCCCCCGAGGAAAUCACCGAGGACGAACUACAAUCCUACAUCGCGACCGCCAACAACGCCAUCUCGCCCUUCGACCUCGAGAUCCGCAGUACCCUGCCGCAGAUAGAAGUUGACUCGAGCCAGACGACGGCCGUGCCCCCGCCGGAGCGGGUGUACGCGCUGGUGAACACGACGAGCGACGCGCUGACGCAACUGGCGACGACGUACUCGGCGGACGAGAUCGCCUACGUCAAGCGGUUGCUGGAUGCAAUGUUCGAGACGCAUAACACGCGCCGCUGCGAGGCGAUGGCGGUGAGUGGGAUGCAGGCGUUGCAGCUGGCCAAGGUUUCCGGGGACGGCGGCAGCCAGAGGAGAGAGUCCGGGUUGCAGUCGCAGACGAUGCUCACGCAGGGUGCCACGCAGCAGCCGGACUCGCAGGCGGUCGGUGGGGUGGUGCAGUCGUUGACGAUGUCGCAGGCGGAGGCGUUGCUGAAGCAGUUGGUCGAGGAAGGGUGGUUCGGGAAGAGUGGCAAGGGGUUUUAUAGCCUCAGUCCCCGGGGCUUGAUAGAGCUGCGGGGGUGGUUGGUGGCGACGUAUAAUGACGAGGCGGAGGGGAUUCGGAAGAUCAAGUUCUGUGCUGCGUGCAAGGAUCUGAUCACUGCGGGUCAAAGGUGUGGUGAUCGAGAUUGUCUGGGAAGAUUGCAUGAUCAUUGCAUGCGCCACUUCUUCCGGUCUCAGCAGGCUGAGGUCUGUCCGGUGUGUAAGGAUACUUGGCCGGGUAACAAGUUCGUCGGCGAGAGAGCAGUCACACAGUCUGAUCAGGAGCUGCACGCCCGGAGAAGAAGGAGCUCGAAUACCCAGCGGCCGAGUGAUGCAGCUGGGCCUAGCACCCGGCUUGAACUUACACCCGUGGAGGAAGAUGAAGGCAGUGACUGA